AUGAACGCAGCCAGAGGAGGAAGAGGGGAGGCAGGAGGUCUCGGCUCGCAGCAGCACGGCCACAACACUCCCGUUGACUGUAAGGUCCGUUGCUCAGAGUUCAUGGAGUUUGCCGAGGUGGAGAACCUUCAUGAUUUCUACAGCUCAGAGGAGCGGUUGGUCCACACUCAGGACCAGAAGGGCUUCUACAUCGUGUACAACGUCGCUCUGAAGGACCUGCAGCAGCUGGAGGACGAGCUUCUUCUAGUCGGCUCACGCUUCAUCCAGAGAGACAGGAUGAAGAAAAUGGGAAGCGCCACCUCGUCAGAAGACAUUCACUCUCAGGCCGGUGCCGAGGUGGACCGUGUGGCAGUGCUGCUCGACUUGUGGACGUGUGAGACAGAGUUUUUGGAGAGCAAAGUGCAGCUCUUGAACUGUUACUACGAGGCCUACCAGCAUGCAGCAGGGACCGAGGAGAGGUUUGCGCUGGCCCGAGUUAUUACUGACAUCAUGCACAGUAGACCACAUCUGGACCUGAACCAGGAUUACUUUGUUCAGGUCUACAGGGCUCACAUAGGCUGCCUGCAAAGCCACCAGCAGCUGAUCAGAGACAUUUUGGACAAUCAGAUUGAAAAACAGCGCCAAUACCUCCAACGCAUCUGGAGUGACGACCGCAAAGGCUCCACUCACAACUUUGGUCUCCCGCCAAAAUACAUUCCCAAACAUCUGGUCUCACUUGGAGGCAGCAGCCCUGCACUGAUGAACACAUUCCUGCUGGAGGUUCAUCCGUCCCUCUGCCUCUCUUCUGCAGUCUAUCACAGUUUAGUUCAGGCUCACACGGAGCUCUGUCGGCUGCACGGAGCCACGGGCAUCACUGAGACACUCAUCCUGCAACAGAAGCUCCUGCAGAGGGCCCUGCAGCGCUGGAACCACCUGGCUUCACUCGGAGCCGCCUACAGCUCUCAGAUACAGAAGGAUUUGUUCUCAGGUGUGUUUUUUGAGGACCCGGUUCUGGUCCCAAAGGUGGGGCUGUCGUUGGUAAGCUCUGCAGAGGAGAAGGAUAUGAUGCUGGGAAGAGAGAAACAGCUGUAUGCUGUGGAAACUUUCUCCAAGCUGUUGGAGCUCGUCACCAUCCGCCAUCGUCUGCUUGAGUCGGCCUCAGAGACCGCACAUCUGGCUCAGUUGUACAGAAACGCGGCGUCAGAGCUCGGCUUCGAUGAGUUCCACCUCUACCUGAGGCCGGUGCAGUUUGAGGUCGCUGAGCAGAAAGACAGAGCAGAGCAGAGGCCUGUUUUUAUCACAGCGAUACUGGAAGAUGACAGCUCUGUAGACCGGUUCACGCCGUCCCAGCUGCCUCUGAGCAUCCAGGAACUGGACCAGAACCAGAUCGGGAGGUUUAGCUUCAGCUCAGAGGAGGCAGUCAUUCAUCUUAUGAACAAACAGAGUAUAGAAAACCUCCAGGUGACUCUGGCCUGUCAGGUGACGCAGAAGAACGCCUUGAUAAGUGCCGUGAAGCUGGUUUGUCUUUGUCAAGCAGCAGAGAGUGUGAUGUCUUCAGCUCAGAGUAAAGUCGCUCCUCAUUCUGAUAAAGAUGUGAAGUUGGACUCCAAACCUGAA